AGGUUUUAGUUCAAAGGUCACGACCUGCGACAACCGUCAUGGCGGCGUACAUGGGGAAAAUGGAGGGCGUGAUCCAAAUCGUUCGUGAAGCCAUAAAGCAAGUCUUUAUCCCUUACAAUCUCACUAAUAUCCUGCUAGGCGUGUCGUUCCUGGUGAUUAAGACUGUUCCACCUAUCUGCACCGGGCUGUUCGCUGCCCGGGACGAUCUGGGCCCGUGCUCGCUGGACUGGCGAGAGCAGGAGAUCCUGAUGUUCUUGCUGCUCGCUAUUUUUGCCAAGACCCGCCGUGCGACUAGCAUGCACCAGUACGCCAGUACAAGCUAUCUGUUCUCCAAGGCGGCCAAUUUUAUAUUAUUUAUGCGUGUAGAUCCGCGGCUUGGCGCUAUCUUCGCCAUUCUGUGUCUGGUGCUUUUCUUGGUCUUCCCCAAACCGGCAUAUUCUGGGGAGGAUACGAUCAAGUUCUACUCACCAGAUAGUCUGGAGGAAACACUCGCCUUGGCCAAGGGGAAGCGGCACGCCACCUACCUGCUGAUGGAGUACUACACCGCAUGGUCCCCAGACUGCCAGAGUCUGGCGCCAGUCUUUGCAGAUAUCUCCAACAGGUUUAACACAAAGAGCCUGCAGUUUGGAAAGCUGGACUUGGGCAGGUAUCCAGCCAUGGGCAACAAGUACAAGAUCGACACUGGUGGCAUGAGUAAGGAGCUGCCCACUCUGGUCUUGUAUGAAAAUGGCCGGGAGAAGAUGCGGCGACCUGGACACGACGUGAAAGGCAAGGUGGUGAAGUAUUCCUUCUCUGCCAACGACAUUGUGCGCGAUUUCGACCUUCGAGACAUCUAUGAUCGGUCCAAGGCAAAGGUCAAGGAAGCAAAGGUGGAGAAGACUGUGGAUGGGAUAGAGGAAGUUACGGACACAACCAAGGACAAAACAGAGUGAACAACGUCAUGAAUACAGUCAAGAGACACUGGGUUAUUAGGAAAUACUAGGUGCACAUUACACUUCUGUGCACCUGAAAUUGACGCUGUGUGUGCUCCGGUGCAACUAGAUGUUUGUGUAGGUUUAUGUAUCAGUAUGGAAAUGCAAAACUAACAGUCCUUUAUUUAAGUGUCAGAAAAAUGAUUAAACCUUUGUUGUAUUUCUUGUUUGACAUUUUGAAAUCAUCUAUAGAAUUUGACUUCAUUACAAAUUUUCAAAGCUCAGGACUAUGAUUAGGUUUUGCUGACAUUCUACUUUAUUUUAUGUUGUAUAUUCAAAUUGUUUUUGUAAUGCACCUAAAUUUUUAGGUUAGGGACACAAAUGCCAAUUCCCAAAAAUGAUCUUCUAGCUCUAGUAUACUAGUAUAGUUGGCUGUUUAAAUGUCUCCAAACUUGAUUUAGGGACAGUGAGGACUUGUUACCUUUGCUGAAUGGAGCUAUGUUAGUUAAACUUUUGCCUUAUAUGUUCAGUACUGCUUAGUGUUCAUUAUCAAGAUAACUUAGCCAAAUCAACUACAUGUAGUAGACUAGUUCCAGAACUGUGUCAGGUUUUAGUAUUGAGUUACUUGUUACAAUGAUCUAUGUGUACCUAUGCUGCUAGUCUGCAGAGCAGUGUUGUCAGUACAUUAUGAUAAUCUUUACUGCGUGUUCAUGCCCAGAGGCUAAAUCACACAGAGAACCACAUGUGGUCAAAAGGUUGAAAAGGAAACUUACAGCUAAUACAGCUACUAUUAAUAUAAGC